GAUACUACCACAUUGACCACUUUGGAGUACUACCACAUCAAUCACUUUGGGGUACUACCAUAUCAAUCACUUUGGGAUACUACCAUAUCGAUCACUUUGGGAUACUACCACAUCGAUCACUUUGGGGUACUACCACAUCGUUUACUUUCUUUUGGCUUGGUGCUGGAGGUUUAGCUGUUCUCAUAUCCUGUUUUUCCAUUCAAUGGGUUAUUUGCUUUGCCUCGGAUGCCAUCUUGGAUGCCACUCUGGAUAUCAUGUUGAAUGCU